AACAAUUGGCGACGGGGUAGAGGAAAUUUUGAACCCUCUAAUUGGACGAGAUUCAGCAUAAUUAUUUUGACCAAUCAGUAUCCAGAUUGUCAUCAGCGUCCUUAAGCAACAUUGGUCAUUAUUACUACAGUUAAUUGUCAUUGCAGGUGCUGAAAAAAAAUGACUACCUUUUCCGAUCAAUUACAGCUUCUACUUGAGCAACAACAGCAGUGCUUCAAAAAUAGCCAGUUGAAUUUUCUGGAAAAUUUACGCACACUGUUGGUAAAUUUUCCAUGUUUCGGAAAUGCAACAGGAGUUGGUAAUUUCAUUUCUCAUCUGCAGACUGAGCUGGAAAACAACUGCAGAACAUAUGAAGCUGCCUAUAAAAGCCUCUGUGAAUCCCGGACGACCAGUGAUGUAAACGAGACAAUCAUUCAUGAUCCGCCCAGUUGUUCAGAAAUGUCAAAUUCAGAAACAUUCCCUGUUGUGGGUUCAAAUCCCACUGUGCCUGAAAGAUGUGAGGUAUCCAGCUUACAAGAAGAACCUCUCGUGUCAGAAAAUGUUUCCCGUGCAUCAAAUAAUGGUCAGAAAUCUAAUACGAAUUUCAAAGAUGCUGUUUGUUUUAGUGACCUAUUAUCCAGUGAUAGAAUUUUAAAGAGGUCUGAAGAAUAUGUUGCACAAGAAUCAAACCUUAAUGACCUCAUGUCUGGUGUCGCUAAUCCUCAUCAUCUAGUCAGUCUUAGUGAACCCUCUACUCAAUGCGCGAAAUAUGCUUUAAUUCGAAUCAGACCAACUGUUACUUGGGUAUAUGAGGACCCAACGUUAUUUCGUGGGGGAGGAUGAACCCAGAAAAUUUCAAAAUCCGGAUAUCAACUCCGGAU